UUUGGGUGUUCCAAGGUGAAGAAAAGCCAAAAAAAGUCAUCCGUUCUCGAAGUGUUUCGAAAAAGAUGGUCGCGACAUUUGUGCCAAAAGCGGGUCAUAUUGCAACAAUUCCUCUUAAUGAGCAAAGAACUGUUACUGCGGAUUGGUAUACCACCACUUGUUUGCCAAAAGUCAUCACCGAGCUUCGAAAAAUCAACCCCGAAAGAAGAAUCAUCUUCCACCAAGACAAUGCAAGCUCGCACGCAGCCCAAAAAACAAGGCAGUAUUUAACAGAAGAAAACGUGGAAUUAUUGGACCAUCCUCCAUAUAGUCCCGAUCUAAGUCCUAACGAUUUCGUUACUUUCCCGAAAAUUAAAAACAGACUGCGUGGUCAAAGGUUCCAGUCACCAGAAGAAGCAGUUGACGCAUUCAAAAAUGCCGUUUUGGAUCUGCCACCAAACGAAUGGAGUAAGUGCUUCGAAAAUUGGUUCGAGCGCAUGCAGAUGUGUAUUAAUCUUCGUGGAGAAUACUUCGAAAAAAAAUUAAGUCAUUUAAAACUACCUACCAUGUUGUUUUAUUUACAUACGCAAAACUUAAAAAAGAACGUGAGAGCCCGACUCGAAUUACAACUCGAAAUACAACUUAUUUAA